CCAAUCUAAACGCGUGUUAGGGUGUGCAAUGUCAGGAGCCACAGCGCUAAGUUUAGAGUUCUCUACUGCAAUUGGCUGUUCGCCGGCCGCAGCUGAUGCAGAUAGGUCUUGAUCUCGCUACUUUCGAGUUUCUAACCUAGAAAUUUUAGUCAGAAUGUCGAUCACAUUGAAAGCAUAAUUCUAUCUAUCAGGUGAACGUAAAAUAAAAUAAUCUAAAAUGGUAUUUCAGUCAGUAACUUUAUUCGCGAGAAGCAGAGGACCUGAUGAAUUUUGGCGCAAGAGAAAGAUCUUUAGAUUAAGCGCUCAUUUUAGAAAUCGUUACAGAAAUUGUUACAGUCUAGCUGUUCGAGCAGUUCACAGAUCUUUGCAAUUUUCAACCAAACAUAGAGAUCCCAAAAGAAAAUGGAUUAGAGAGAUUUGGCAAACUAGAAUUGAAGCAGGUAGCAUAGAACAUGGUCUGAAUUACAAAAUAUUAAAAGAAGGCUUAACAAGGUGUGAAAUUUUACUUGAUCGCAAAAGUUUAGCAGAAUUGGCAGUUUGGGAACCACGUACUUUUAAAUCUUUAGUUAAAAUUGCAUGCGCUAGACUUAAACAAGAUGGAUUGAAAAUUCUUAAUUUGCAAAAAGCUGAAGGUGUUAUUACAAGAGGAUUGAUAAAAUGAAACUUUAUUGUACAAAGUAGGCUAAUUUGUAAACUGCUCCUGUUUGCAUAGUAUUUAACAUAUUUUUAUUGUUACUUUUUGUUUCACGUUUGGAUAACAUUUACAAUCUUAAAAAAUAAACUGUAAUAUCAUUAACAAUGUUUUAUUAUUCUCUUCAUUAUUAACUUUCUGUACACAUAUUCUUUUUAAGAAAAUUAUACACGAACAUAAAAGAUCUUGAAGAAAGUUACCUCAUAAAUAUCUUAUCUUAAAAAAAA